GCUAUCGUAGAGCUUCAGUUGACAUCCGUCAAGCUUAUACACCGGUCUUGUUAGUAACUGUGCCACAAUGAUCUGGAAAACACUCAUUGUUGCCUUCAUGGCAACCGCUGUUCUAGCGCAAGAAAUAGAUUUGAGCGACCAGCGCCGCGAACAGUACAGGAACAUGCUCGCAGCGCAGUGCAGGAAAAUGGGUGCCGAGGACAAAGUCAAAGAUGUCGAAAGCUCAGUUCGUAACUUCGUCGAAUGCCUGAGAGGUAUUGUCGAUCCCCAAGCAAUUAAGAAAGAGAUUGAAGAAGCUAAGCCGAAAGGAGAACUUGACGAGGUUUUCAAGAAGUACUGCGCCAAGGCCCCCGUACUCAAGACCUGCAUCAGCUCGUUGUUGGAUGGAGUCAGGCCUUGCGUGGACAAAGUGGCGAUCGAUCACUAUGGCCCCUUGCUGAACACCACCAACCAGCUUAUUGAUUUCGUCUGUUAUAAGGAUGGAGAGAGGAUCGCUUUGUUCAUCGCUCACGGAGGCAGCGAAUGUUUCAAGAACAGCACCGAAGACCUGAAGAAGUGCGCCGAAGAGAUGAAGAACUCUUUCCCUAGUGUUGAGGCUGCCAAAGCGAUGAGUUUGCCGGACAAAUGCGGGAAGUUUGACGAUCUGACAACGUGUAUGGUGACUUCCUUGGAGAAGUGUGAGAACCCAACGCCAGCCAACAUGGCGGAGUCGCUGCUCAAAUUCAUUCGCAAGGACUCUCCCUGCAAUGCCGCUGUACCGAAAGACUGAUGGGAAUGCUUAUUUCGUGUCUACAGUUCAAGCAGACUUGAGUGAGAUCACGUGCCAUUGUAAACAUCGUAUCAAUCAAUAAAGUAUGCGAUCAAAUUUUUUA